UUUAGUAAAUUUAAAUAAAAUAACAUUAAAAAAAUUAUUUAGAUGAUAGUCAAAGUUCCUCUGUUUUAGCAGUCCUCUGUCUCGUUCUCAUCUCUCACAUGAGCCAUAACUUUCUCUAACAUCACUCUCCUUUACACAACCCCAAAAAUAGAGACCCUUCUCUCUCUCUCCCCUGCUCUUCUCUUCUUCUCUCCGCUACAUUCUUCGCUCACACCCCCCAAAAAAGUCUCUUCCUUUUUGCACCUCCUCUGCUUUUUUCCCCUAAUGGAACGGCUAGCUUCGGAGCUUUUCCUCGUCGCCGGUAACACUGACUCUUUCGUCGUCGACGACCUCCUCGACUUUUCUAACGACGACGGUCAAGUCGACGACGGCCAAGUUGACGACGCUUUUGACACUUUCCUUCCUGAUUCCUCCACCGUCACUCUCGCCGACAGCUCCAACUCCUCCUCCUCGUUUUUCGUCGACAGCAGCACUGGCUUUUCCGGCGACCUCUGUAUUCCGAGUGAAGAUUUAGCUGAAUUGGAAUGGUUAUCCAAUAUUGUGGAGGAAACAUUCUCAGAAGAAGACCAAGACAAGCUUCACUUACUAUCCGGUUUAAAAAACCCUCAAACCAUCGGCCCGACCCAGACCCACCAAAUUAAACCCGAGCCAGAACCCGAUUUCGACCAGUUCAUCGACACCGACGAAUCAAACGUCGCCGUUCCUGCCAAAGCGAGAAGCAAGAGGUCACGCUCUGCAGCUUCCACGUGGGCUUCCCGCCUUCUAUCCUUAGCCGACUCCUCCGACGAAUCCAACCCCAAGAAGAAACAACGAAGGGUGGCCAAUGAGCAAGACACCGCCGUAGACAUGGAUGUAGACUGCGGAGGAGGGCGUCGUUGUCUGCACUGCGCGACGGAGAAGACGCCGCAGUGGAGGACGGGACCGAUGGGUCCGAAGACGCUUUGCAACGCGUGUGGAGUGAGGUACAAAUCAGGGAGGCUGGUGCCGGAGUAUAGACCGGCUUCGAGUCCGACGUUCGUGAUGGCGAGGCACUCGAACUCUCACCGGAAAGUGAUGGAGCUCCGGCGACAGAAGGAGAUGAGAGACGAGCAUGUGAUGAGUCAGCUAAGGUGUGAGAAUCUAAUGAUGGAUAUCAGAUCCAACGGUGAAGAUUUCUUAAUCCAUGAUAAUAAUAACCACGUGGCUCCUAAUUUUAGACGCUUAAUCUAACCUUCCUAUUUCCACGUGGAUAAAUUCGCAAUAAUCUGUUUCUUUUUCCGAUUUAGCAUUUUUUUUUUUAAUUUCCUUUUCUUUUUAUCUUUUAACAUCUUUUAAUUGUUUUCUUUUUUUCGUUUUCGCCUUCUGCAGACUAGUAGUACUACUACUGAUAUAUUUUGAUAACUUUUGUGUUUUCGUCUC